ACUGAAGGGGUAGCUAUGGAGAUGGAGCGUUUUCCUGGCUGCUUUCUUUGACAGGUGUUGAGUGGGGCAAAAGUCUUAAAACAGAACCCAGCAUGUACGCCAAAGGUAAAGGAGCCGUGGUCCCUUCCGACAGCCAAGCGAGAGAAAAGUUAGCUUUAUACGUGUAUGAGUAUUUGCUGCAUGUCGGCGCACAGAAAUCAGCACAGACCUUCCUGUCAGAGAUACGAUGGGAGAAGAACAUCACACUCGGGGAACCUCCGGGAUUUCUACACUCGUGGUGGUGCGUAUUCUGGGAUCUCUACUGCGCCGCCCCGGACCGGAGAGAGACAUGCGAACAUUCCAGCGAGGCCAAGGCUUUCCACGAUUAUAGUGCGGCUGCCGCCCCAAGUCCAGUGAUGGGCAACAUGCCACCUAAUGACGGCAUGCCGGGAGGACCCAUGCCCCCGGGAUUCUUUCAAGGUCCUCCAGGAUCGCAGCCCUCCCCCCACACGCAGCCACCCCCACACAACCCCAGCAAUCCCAUGAUGGGACCUCACGGACAGCCAUUUAUGUCGCCGCGGUACCCAGGUGGGCCGAGACCCGCACUUCGUAUGCCAAAUCAGCCGCCAGGUAGCAUCCCUGGGUCACAGCCCCUCUUGCCAAACAGCCUGGACCCCACCAGACCUCAAGGACAUCCAAACAUGGGAGGUCCAAUGAGAAUGAACCCACCUCGAGGAAUGGGAGGCAUGGGCCCACAGAAUUACGGGGGAGGGAUGAGGCCGCCUCCAAACUCCAUGGGUCCAGGGAUGCCCGGCAUGAACAUGGGUCCCGGUGGAAGAGGUCCAUGGCCUAAUCCCAACAACAACUCAAUAGCGUACUCGUCUUCAUCUCCAGGCAACUAUGUGGGCCCCCCAGGGGGAGGAGGCCCGCCAGGAACUCCCAUCAUGCCGAGCCCCGGAGAUUCAACAAACUCCAGUGAAAACAUCUACACAAUGAUGAACCCCAUCGGCCCUGGUGGAAACAGACCUAAUUUCCCGAUGGGACCAGGUCCUGACGGGCCCAUGGGCGGGAUGGGUGCGAUGGAGCAGCAUCAUAUGAACGGCUCGCUAGGCUCUGGUGACAUGGAUGGGUUGCCAAAGAAUUCUCCCAACAACAUGGCAGGCAUGAACAAUCCCCCUGGCACUCCACGGGAUGACGGCGAGAUGGCAGGCAACUUUUUAAACCCAUUCCAAAGUGAAAGUUAUUCACCCAACAUGACGAUGAGUGUGUGAUUUUAUUUUAUUUUAUCUUUUAUUUUACUUUUUUCCAUCUCCCUCUGUCCCACCCUCCCUCCCUCCCUCCCCGGUGUGUCUUGCAUUGCCAUUACAUCCUGUCCUCAUCCUCUCUGGACCGAUGUGUGUGGGUGUGAUGGCGCCCACCCAGCCCCUAGGGAUGCCCAUGGACAGCAGGACUCCCCUCAAGGGCCCUCACCCCAACAUGUGUAAAAUGGGUGUAAGAACAUGAGACUUUCUCCCCGUCCCCGCCCUCGUCAUGAGCCUCAAAGCCCAAAUCUCUCUAGGUGAACUCCCCCGGCCCGCCAACCCAUGAUGCACCUCUUCAUGGUCGCUACCUGCUAGCAUGGCGGGGGACCUUUAUCCACACAGACUUUAUCCACACUUUUUUCUUUCAAUGUUUGUAUUUUUGUUGUAUGGUUUUUCCUUAAAGGGCAUUUUUUAACAA